AUGAUCGCCAAAAAUGAUCCAGCUGCAAACCCUGUGUUUUAUGGAGUCAGACUGAUGGAAAUACUAGCCCUGUCUCCACCCAAUAAUUGGUUCUGGUGUCCUGGAAACCUCAACCCAGCUGACCUGCUCACCCGAUCUGGAACCAGCUGCGUGCAGGUCAACUCAAAAUUCUGGUUGAAUGGUAGUUUCUUACCUCAGGACAAAUCCUCUUGGCCCAUCGUCCCUUGUUCUUCCAUCACCUCAGGUGAUAUUCCUACUAGGUCGGUCAACCUGGCAAAAUUUUCCCCAGAUAAUCCUUCCCAGGAAUAUAUUCUGAGUCUUCUACAUCACGAACAAAGCCUCUCCACAGUUCUCCAGGCUCUAAACCUCCUCCACAAGGUUUGCAGAACCUGGAGAAAUGACCCCAACCGGAACAGAAUUAUCCAAGAAGAACCUACUGCUACCUGGAGUUCUAUUAAGUCUUCCAUCAGGUCCUCAAUCCUCAAGUGUUUUACCACGGAGUCGGCUCUCAUCAUUGCCAACAACAAGUUGAAACACCUCGUCAUCCAGCUGGUGGACGGAGUAUAUUACGUGUCAGACCGCAGUUUCCGUUCCAGGAACAGGGUUCCUCUUAUCUGCAAGAAGACUAUUCUUGCCAAAUGCAUCCUGAACGAUGCUCACGCUGAUCUGGGUCACGGUAGGGAUGUCCUUCAGGUACUUACUCACAUUCAGACCAAUUUCUUCAUCCCUGGAGUUCGUAAAAUGAUCACUGCUCUGAAGAAAUCUUGCCCUGGAUGUAUCAAGCUGAACAAGAUUCCAUUCGCAGCAUUUGAAGCUGAUGUCCCUGACGUCCUCAAAUCCAUCCAACCUCCUUUCUCCUACUGCCAAGCUGACAUAUUCGGACCCGUCUUUGCGCACAAAGACGGCACCAAGACCAAGAGGUGGAUCCUGGUAAUCCUCUGUCUUUCCAGUCGCGGGGUGCACCUAGAAAUCCUGCACAACUACAGCGCCCAGAGUAUCACCAGAGGUUUUAAUAGAACCUUCCCCCUGAGAGGCACCCCUCGCAUCAUCUGGAUUGAUGCUGGAUUGAACAUUGUCAAGGCUGGCAAAGACCUGGUCAACACUGAGAUGAAGGUCAUCUCCAACCUCAAUUUGAAAUUCACCUCCAUUGAAUUCAGAGUCACUCUACCCAAACACCAUGCCGGGAUCGGAACUGUUGAAAGAAUAAUUGGUUCCAUCAAGAACACUGUCAGCAAAUCCCUCACAGGACCGCACGAGUUGCACUGCUUGGCAUCACCCUCACUCCCAACCACGUUCUCCAAGGGUUUCGAGAGUGUUUCGGAGACGAGGUCAAACCUACAGCAUCCAUCAACCAAGGACCAGGGCAACCUCCCUCAGGUUGGAGAUAUAGUCCUGUUCAAGAAUGAACCCAUAUACAAGAACCCAAUCUCAGCUGCCAGAGUAGAGCAGCUCCUCUGUAGAAAGAACGGUGACGUCUACGGAGCCACCAUCAGCUAUCGUCGUAAAGUAGGUGGACGAAAAAUCGUAGUGGACAGACAACUCAACCAACUGUACCCAUUCAUGAACCUAGAAGCUCAGUGUCCUCAGGAAAUCGUGCCCACCUUAACCUCGGACUCCACAGAAGCAAGGAAUCUAGCCCCGAGCUCCAGGCUGGAGCCUGCACAGGACGAAUUCCUCCCAGAGCUCAAUGCAAUCAAUCAAUAG